AUGACAAAUAAGCAGAAUCGCAUUUGUCCUGUUAAAGUAGGUAACUUGGUAAUUGACCAACUUGGUUCCUCACUUUUAAACAGUGUCUGUUACUACAGUUUAAAGAUAUAUGCUUAUGAGCUACAUAAAUUGACCCAUUUACCGGCUCGACAAAAGCAUGAUCAAACUGUAACGGUGCUGAAGAAAUUUUUGCAAGACUUUGAUAUAAAUGCAGAUGAAGUGCCGCAAAGACAGUGGACAUUUCUGAAUUCCGUGUUCUACGUUGUCACUGUCUAUACAACUAUAGGUUAUGGUAAUAUUUAUCCAACCACGUCAACUGGGCAAGUGCUAACAAUUAUCUACGCAUUUAUUGGUAUACCACUUGCCUUGAUAACCAUUAUCCUGCUUGGUAGUCUGUUUGCUAAAGGCUGCAAAAUCCUCUGGAGAAUUCUUGUACAUUCACUUGCACUUUCCACUAGUAUUGUUUCUAAAGAUAUUGAAAAACAGGUCAUAAAACUGGAUAUCUUGAAUGAUCACGAAAAAGAAGCUGAAAAUGAGGAUCUCUUAAGCUUUCCAGUAACUUUCUUAAUGGCAAUUACCGUUGUUUGGGUGUUCCUCUCCGCUUGCAUAUUCACAAGAUUUGAGGAAGACUGGACUUACGGAAAAUCCCUGUAUUUUACGCUUAUAUCCUUUACCACGAUUGGUUUUGGCGAUGUUUUGCCGUCAGAUAAUGACCAUAUGAUCGUUGUCAUUUUCUGUUUUAUGGUUGGCCUAUCACUCGUUUCUACAAUACUUAGCAUCAUUCAGCAACAAAUCGAAGCACUGGGAUCGAAAAUGGAGACCGAUAUUGAUAAACGAUAUAAAGAUGCGAUAACAUCAGCAUACAGUGAACAACUUUUUGCUGAAGAUAGAAUAAGAAGCAUUAAGGAGCGAAAGAAGUCUAAAAUUCCAGGUAUUGCACUGCUUAAAGACAAAAUGAAACUAGACAGUUUGGUGUCCCAAAUGUCACUAAAAGAUCGUCUGCUCUUCCAAGCUAUGAACAACGCUGAUAAGGAAAAAAUUAAGAAGAAAGCAGAGAAAAAAAUGAAUUUCCGAAUCUGUGGCACACAAACUGAAUGUGAUCUAACGCAAAGUUCUACCGAAACUGAAGAAGUUUUCUUGGAACCAUUGGUAGGCCACUAUUUUGUAAAUAUUCUAAGUUUGCAGCAAAGUUGA